GUUUGUCACAAAACUAAACAGUUAAAAGCGAUUAUAGGCGCCAUGACUGAAUAAUUCGAAUAAGAUGAAUGUCUUUCUUUGGCUCGUGAAUUCAAAAAAUCUGUAAAUUUAUGUAAGAUAAUGUGUACUGUACAAAGUGCUUUUUUCAAUACUUCUAUUGGUGUGCUGUUUAUCUCUUGUUGCAAAAGAGGUGUGCAUUCCAUUGACGUAAAGAAUUGCAUUAACAAGCAACGAAACCUUGAAGAAUUAGACAUCAAAGCCGAUUACAAUUCUGUGCUGACUAAUUUGAUGGUGUGGCUCAAGAAUUAUUUUGAAGCUUCUAACAAAAUUCUUGAGGGUGUUCCUACUAUUUGUCCUACUGUUUUAUCUUCAAAAGGGAAAUUUACUGAAAAAGUUUGGAAAACACUAUUUACGUGUGUACCCUUUGGUACAUCCAUUUCUUAUGGUGGCUUAGCUGAACUUAGUGGAAAUUCAUCUGCUUCUAGAGCUGUGGGUACUGCGAUGAAAAAUAAUCCAGUUCCAAUACUCAUUCCAUGUCAUAGGGUUAUUAAGAGUGAUGGCAGCAUAGGACAUUAUUCUGGCGGAAAUGGUGUAAAGGAAUGGUUACUUAAACAUGAAAAAAAUGGUAUACUGUGAGCAAGGUUUGAACAAUGUGUGUGAAUAAUAAUUUCUUUAACCAUGUAACUGGCAUGAUUCCUGAUUUAGUAACCAUGCCGAAAAUCUGUUUGAUAUGUAAUGUGAUAUCUUUUUCCUGUAAAAACUAAAGCCAAAGUUAAAUUAAUGGAUCAAAUUUUACUUUAACCCUUUCAUUACCUGUCCUCUGAAAUGAUGCCGGUGAAGCAAUAAACCAGAACUCUCUUGUGGCUUUGGUUAAAAAAGUGAAUUAUUAAAUUAUGUUUUAAGUUGCUUUGAAAAUUAGAAUUAUUAUUAUUUUAUUUUUUUUCCCUUUUGACAGUGUUCCUUUUUUGUCCCUCUUUUAAUUUAAAUAUAAAAAGUUUAGAAUGCGAAUUGUGAAAAAAAGUAUUAAAAGUAAGUUUAUUUAAAGUUUAUUAUAUGAUGUCAAAUUAUAAAUUAUUUUAGUUUAAAUUUAAAAAUUAUAAAGCUGCUUCUUGUUCAUUAAACAUAUAAUAUUGUUUGCUUAAAUUUCAUGACUGUGAUUAUUAUUGAAGAUUUUCAUCCUUAGUAAAGUAUCUGAAUGUGGUUGAUCCAGUUACUGAGAGAGUAUUUUAGAUAUUCUUCCAAAACAAUUUGUAUUUUUAUGUUAUAAGAUGUUGGUAAUGCUACUAUUUUAUAACUAUUGUGAUAUAAUGUUAAAACUUUUUAACUAGCUCUCUUUGUAGAAAUUUACACUUGUUGAUAUUAAUAAAGUUUAAAAUUUGUUAA